AUGGCGUCUCCUGCAAUCCACCAGGCCAUUACUGAGGCCGCUGCUAAGUAUCGCUUUCCUGAGGGACGUGUGUUUGAGUAUGGCACUGCGGGGCAACCCCGCACUGCGAACAGCGAUCUGCUCAACACGGUCGUCUUCGCUGUAGGACUUCUCGCCGGACUGCGAUCAAAGAAACUCAAUGGCCAAUGGAUUGGUGUUAUGGUCACAGCAAGUCACAAUCCUGCCGAGGACAAUGGUGUGAAGCUGGUUGAUCCUAUGGCCGAAUGGGAGACAUAUGCAACCAAACUGGCAAACGCGCCCCUCGAUAAAGUGGCUGACGUCUACAAUGAGCUGAUCAAGGAGAUCGACAUCAAGAUGGACAACCCCGCACGAGUUGUAUUCGCCCGCGAUACACGCGCAUCUGGUUCUCGUUUAGUUGGAAUCCUCAAUGCAGCUUUGAGCGCCACGGAAGUCGAAUUUAUGGACUUCAAGUUCAUGACAACCCCUCAGCUACACUAUAUUGUGCGAUGCAAAAACACCCUGGGAACUCCAUAUGAAUAUGGAGAACCUACGGAACAAGGCUAUUAUGAGAAACUCGGUGAAGCCUUUAAGAAGGUUAUGAGGAGUGUUAAGGUUCAGGGUCACCUAACUGUUGACUGUGCCAAUGGGGUUGGUGGUCCCAAGCUUCACGAACUCAUCAAGUACCUUCCAUCUGCAGAGCAAGGAGGUAUUGACAUCAAGGUCGUCAACGACAAUGUCAUCAAUCCAGACAGUCUCAACUUCGAGUGCGGCGCCGACUAUGUCAAGACCAAGCAACGAGCUCCCCCUUCCUCCAAGGCCGCACCUUUGGAACGCUGUGCAUCUUUAGAUGGUGACGCUGAUCGUUUGGUAUACUACUACAUUGACGAAAACAAUGUGUUUCGAUUGCUCGAUGGAGACCGCAUCGCAACACUUGCAGCUUCUUUCAUUGGCGAUCUAGCCCGCAACGCUGGCAUUGCGCAGAAGCUGAAGAUUGGCGUCAUUCAGACCGCUUAUGCCAACGGUGCUAGCACUGACUACAUUGAAAAAGUUCUAAAGCUCCCUGCUGUAUGCACAAAGACAGGUGUCAAGCAUCUUCACCAUGCGGCUAUGCGAUAUGACGUUGGUGUCUACUUCGAAGCCAACGGCCACGGAACAGUGACCUUCUCAGAAAACGCCCUCAAGACUAUUAAGAGCGCGGAGCCCCAAUCUCCCGCCCAGCAACAAGCACUAGAAUGCCUCGUCGGACUGACGGAUCUAAUCAACCAAGCAGUCGGAGACGCUCUAUCGGAUAUGCUCCUCGUCGAGGCGAUCUUGGCGCACAAGGGAUGGACCACCAAGGAGUGGCUCGGUACUUACACCGACUUGCCUUCUCGUCUUGUUCGCGUUGAAGUUGCCGACCGCUCAAUCUUUAAGGCCGUCGACGCAGAACGCAAGCUUGAAUCACCCCCAGGACUCCAGGAUAAGAUCGAUGCUUUGCAAUCCCGUUACAACAAGGGACGAAGCUUUGCCCGUGCAAGCGGUACCGAAGACGCCGUCCGCGUGUAUGCCGAGGCUGCCAGCAGAUCUGAAGCAGACGAUCUAGCCAGUCGAGUCGCCAAUGCCGUAAAGGAAGCUGGCUCCGGCGGCGAUGCUUAAGGCCUAGACUAUCAUCUAAUGAAUUAUGUUUUCAACAGAAUAAAAGAAUGGUUAAUAC